CCCGGAAGCAAUCCUGAGAGGUCGGGACCGGCAAGAUGGCGGCGCGGAUAGGCUUCUGGGCUGCGGGCUGGCGUCUCUGGCAGGGAUUGGGGAAUUUUUCUGUAAACACUUCUAAGGGCAAUACAGUCAAAAAUGGUGGCUUUCUUCUCAGUACCAAUAUGAAGUGGGUACAGUUUUCAAACCUACACGUUGAUGUUCCAAAGGAUUUGACCAAACCUGUGAUAACAAUCUCUGAUGAACCAGACACCUUAUAUAAGCGCCUGUCAGUUUUAGUGAAAAGUCAUGAUAAGGCUGUAUUGGACAGUUAUGAAUAUUUUGCUGUGCUUGCUGCUAAAGAACUUGGUAUCUCUAUUAAAGUACACGAACCUCCAAGGAAAACAGAGCGAUUUACUCUUCUCAAAUCAGUGCAUAUUUACAAGAAGCACAGAGUUCAGUAUGAAAUGAGAACACUUUACAGGUGUUUAGAGUUAGAACAUGUAACUGGAAGCACAGCAGAUGUCUACUUGGAAUAUAUUCAGCGAAACUUACCUGAAGGGGUUGCUAUGGAAGUAACAAAGACACAAUUAGAACAGUUACCAGAACACAUCAAAGAGCCAAUCUGGGAAACACUAUCAGAAGAAAAAGAAGAAAGCAAGUCAUAAAGCCUCAGGGAGGCCAUUUUUGCCUGAAUUUGAAAUGAGGGUGGGCCAGAUGAGUAUGUUUAAGUGGAGAGUGCUUCCAGCUGAGAUGAUUUGAGUCCGCCCUAACUGCUCCAUUGAGUUCUCCUGCCCUCAUCAGCUGAGAGCAGGGAAUGGAACUUUAAUGGAAGAACCACUUUUAUCUAUUCUUUUUAUACAGGUCAUUGUUUCAGUUCUGAUUUCAACAAACAUGAGCAAACCACUUUGACU